GCGGAGCUGAGCGGCGCUGUGCCGUGCACCCCUCCCACUGCUCCCUAGCCCUGCCUUGGAGGGAGCGCUGCAAACAGGCCAGAAGAUCUGUGCGCUGUCACACAAGAAAAGUGUCAGCGCGACGGGAGGAGCAUUUCUUCCCGCCAGGCCCUGAGAGCGGAACUCAUUUUCAGCUCCGGAAGAUCGUCCCCCUCAAACAAGUCGCCAUUUCCGGAAGCCUCCAAUUCCUCCCAGGACUCAGCUAAUGAAGUGUCGGACCAGAUCUGCUCCCUAGAGCCUCAUCAGCCCCUGGUACAUUCUCCUGGGUGUCGUUGGAAGCUGAGGCCAUCUUGGACACUCUUGCAACUGUGGUACCAGACUGAGUCUUUCCAAUUGCUGGAAAAAGGAUCUGCUGAUACUUGUGCCUGGGAACACAGGAGUGUUCGGUGUCAGGACCCUGAAGAGGAAACAGAGCCCUCAGAACAACAUAGUUUUCCAGCGUACCCCAAUAUCCAAGGGCUAAGGGAAGCUGUGCAAGAAGGUCUCGCUGUCCCUGUGAUCACUGAUAUUUGAGAGCCACAGGUCUCCCAUGACUCCUUAUCACAUCCGCCAGUACCAGGAGAGGGACCACAAAAGGGCCCUGGAAUUGUUCUCCAGGGGCAUGAAGGAACAUUCCUCUGCUUCUUUCCGCCGUAUCUUAACACUGCCCCGGACUCUCCUGACUUUACUUGGGAUACUCCUGACCAUAGUCCUGGUUUAUGGCUCCUGGCUCCUGGCCACACUGUGCUGCCUCUUUGUACUCCUUUGCCUGAGGCUCUUUGACUGGCUUUUUUGGAGAAACUAUGUGUCUACAUCUUUGCAGGCAGAUAUGGCUGACAUCACUAAGUCGUACCUGAAUGCACGUGGCUCCUUCUGGGUGGCUGAGUCUGGGGACCAGGUGGUGGGCAUCGUGGGUUGUCUGCCAGUUAAGGACCCCCCAUUAGGGAGGAAGCAGCUGCAGCUCUUUCGCCUGUCUGUGUCCUCACAGCAUCGUGGACAGGGCAUAGCGAAAGCACUGGUCAGAACUGUCCUCCAGUUUGCACGGGACCAGGGCUACAGUGAUGUUGUCCUUGAGACCAGCAUUGUGCAGUAUAGUGCUUUGGCUCUCUACCAGGCCAUGGGCUUCCGGAAGACAGAUGAAUACUUUAUUAGCAUAUUCACAAGGUUAAUGUCUUUUUCUGUCCUUCGUUUCACUUACUCUCUACCUUUUGAUUGGGAACCACGGAUGUGAUCCUUCUCCUUUGUCUGUCUGUGAGGCUCCAGUUCACUCUGCUGCAGGAACCAGCAAACCCUGGUAGUUUACUGCUGCCAAUCACACGAGCUCGUUUUUCAUUCCUCUCAGAUCCGGUCUUGCUGGAGGUGAGCUGUAGGUUUUGGCUCCCUGUUCCUUUCUGUCCUUUGAAGUGUCACCUUUUCCUUCCUGGUGCCGUGAUGAUGUAGCACAGAAGCCAACCCGAGCCCAUCCGCACACAUUUCAUGUGUGAAUCUGUAGCUCCCAGUUUCAGCAAGGUGUUUUCAAGUUCCAGCAGCCCAGUCAGGAUUCAGCAUCUGCAGAGAGGCGAAAGAGGGAGCAGAGUAUUUCCUGGGACACUGAACUUGUCACUUAGGGGAAAAUCUAAGACCUGCACAGAAGAGGAGCCUCCUCCAGAGGCGUGGCGCAGUCCGGGGUCAGGGUGGCAGGAGCUCUGCGAGAACGGGAGCAGCGAAGCUCCUAACUUACUGCUAGGCCACCUUUGUGCCCAGGGGAGAGCAAUCUUGAAUGGCCUCUCCUGGGUGUGGUGAUCCCUUAUGGAUGCAGGAGGAGGGUAAGGAGUCAGGAAGUGUCAUGAAUAUGUCACCGUAGAGAAGAAUCCCAGAACCAAGUGGCCUUUGGUUGAGUUGCACAGCGGUGGGCCUCCAAUGAUCCUGGUUGUCCUCUAUAAAAAGAUUUCAGAAGCCCAACCCUAAGUGUCUUACAGAGAAGAGAAACCCCCGGAUUGGCAGUUAAGAUGACAGUUCUGGGGUGGGAACAAAGGCAGUCUCACAAUAGUGAGGUUGCUGGGUGAAAUUCCAUGCUGGAUAAGGAAGCCUCCCUGAGUUGUUGGUAAGCAGAAGCCCUGAGGUCCAACAUAAAUGCUCUUGCCUCUGCCUUUGGUCGAAUGCCUGACCUAGGGACUCCUUCCUGAAGACGUCGCAUGCCUCGGUCUCAGACUUAAAGGAGUCCAACAGGGAGUGAGCUGAAGGGUCUCUGCUGGCUGAAUUUCUAGUGCCAAGACGACAAGGCAGGCUCUGAGGGGGAAUUGUUGCAGACAGGUUUGCUUGGUUCUAGAAACUGCGUGCCGUACUGUUACAUGCCCGGAGGAUGCACACAGUGGGGCAAUGCUACCAGUAUGUGUGCAGACAGCUGCUUUCUGAUUAAACGUAAGGCCUGUUCCACAGGGCGGACUCCACUGAGCACUCUAAGCCAAGAUCAAGUCCUGUGGCUGUGGAGGUGAUAGGUCCAGUAAGGUGACUGCCCCAUUGUUUUUUGUUUUUAGUUAGGCAAGUGUAACGUGUCAACUUGCCUUCCAAGCAUUUGUGUUUAUGCCUUUACGUGACUGCUGUGCCAGCCUCAGAUGAAGGAGACUUCUCUCAGUGGGUGGUGGUUUUUUCAGAAACUGAUUGUCAAAUUGCUGAGAAUAAGUUCCUUUGAUAUAGCCCAGUAUUGUGUCAGAAAUGGAAGAAAAUAAUGUAUAUAUCAUCUGUUUCAAGGCUUAUGAGAGCUAUGGAUGAGGGCACAUAAACCUUUAAGGUCUGGAGUGGGCAGAGUGUUUGGUCUGAAUUGGAACAUCCUCCAGUGGAGGGCUGACAGAGAUGCAACAGACUCAGGAAAGGGCUCUUGUGAACUCUCCCUAAACUCACCUAGGCAGUAAAAUUUCCUAGCAGAGAGAAGACUCUUAGAAACCCCACUGUUGUAGAUUUUGUGUGUUGUUACCCAUGCAAUGGUGGCCUGUCAAUUACUACAGCUGCCUGGCUCACUCCUGCUCCUGUAAAUAAUCCCUCGUCAUGUUCCUGCAAGUACCUCCAAUAAACUGGU